AUGUCAAACGAUGCUGAAUUACGUGAAGAGUUCAAUCGUCUCGAUGACGAUAAAGAUGGAUUUAUUACCCUUAUAGAAUUUAAAACAUAUUAUUCAAAACAUGGAAAAGGUAAUAUGAAUGAUUCGGAAAUAGCAAAAAAAUUUGCUGAUAUUGAUUCGGACAAAGAUGGACUAGUUACAUUUGAAGAAUUUAGUCAAGCAAAUAAACAUUAG